CUAGCCGCCGCGCGCCUCUGAGGACACGCACUUCCUGCGAGGCCUCGGUGUGCUCCUUAUCCGAGCGGAGCUGAACCACCUAGCCGAGCCCAGCCCUUGCAAGCAGUUCGCAAUGGUGGACGAGCUGGUGUUGCUGUUGCACGCGCUCCUGGUGCGGCACCGUGCCCUGAGCAUCGAGAACAGCCAGCUCAUGGAACAGCUGCGGCUGCUGGUGUGCGAGAGGGCCAGUCUCCUGCGCCAGGUACGUCCGCCGAGCUGCCCGGUGCCCUUCCCCGAAACGUUUAACGGCGAGAGCUCUCGGCUGCCCGAGUUUAUCGUGCAGACGGCGUCUUACAUGCUCGUGAAUGAGAACCGAUUCUGCAACGACGCCAUGAAGGUGGCAUUCCUAAUCAGCCUCCUCAGCGGGGAAGCCGAGGAGUGGGUGGUGCCUUACAUCGAGAUGGAUAGCCCCAUCCUAGGCGAUUACCGGGCCUUUCUUGAUGAGAUGAAACAGUGUUUUGGCUGGGAUGAUGAUGAAGACGACGACGACGAUGAUGAAGAGGAUGAUUACUAGGCCUGUAGCCUCUUGGGCCUAGAGGGGGAGAGCCCUGCACGCCACUUCCCCACCCCCUGCCACUCCUUGAGCCAGCUGUGAUCCUCCCUGCGCUCUGGUCCUAUCCCCUUGCCUGUCCUCCUGUUCUCUCCUUUACCCCCCCCCCCCAUAGUGCUUGUCUUUGUUCCAGGAAUAGCGCUCCAGUUACCUGCUGCCUGCACUGGGGCUGGGGCUGGGGCUGGCCUGGGCCUUAGCCCUAAAGUGCGUUGCCAUCAACUCUGGCCAGUCCCAGUACCCUUGUCCUGCUAGUCUGAACUGUGUCCUGAGCCCCAUCAAUUGGCCAGGCACCUAUUUACACUGACCAGACCACCCACCGUCCUGCUGCCGCCACCCACCCAACUGCCAGGCCUACUUCUGCCCAGUGACCUGUGUUGCAACGUUACCACCACCUACCACAUCCCAGCGACAGACUUCUGCCUUUGGAGAUAAGGACCAAUAUAGACUAUACCUGAGUUUGCUACACUUCAUCAAACACUGAUUUGGACAGCUCACCCACCCCUAAAGGGGCCAGUCUAACCGCCUGGUUAGUUCUCUGCCUACUCCCAGGGUCCUUCCCUGCCCUAUCAGAUUGCUGCGGGAGCCUGCUGUGCCUGGCAGCCCAAAUGUUGACAUUUCUUUUCUCUUAUGCACUGGUUUUGCACAGCUGUCAUUUUUAAUUCAGCAAUUUCACAGACAUUCGCAUUUGGACAAAUAAUUCUAAAAACAAGCAAAUAAACAAAAACAGGCACUUAGCUGAGCUCCUCUAUACUACCUGGAAAAAGCAUUUGCAUUCUUUUCAAUAAACAUCAAGCACUACAAAAA